GCCCAGUUGUGACGCAGCAGCCUGGAGGGAAGCAGCGUGCCACGUUGUCCUGCCUGCCCAGACAGAGCUUGUGUAUCUUGUGUCUGCACGGGAAUACCUCAGAAAGGACCACCCACCAUGUCGGCAGUUACGGAGGUUCAGAACACCACAACCGAGGCCCUGGCCGCCCUGCUAGACGGGGGUGAAGGCGCCCUGGUGACGCUGGUGGCGGGCGAGACGAGGGUGGCGGCUCACAGGGCCGUGUUGGCAGCCGCGAGCCCCGUGUUCGCAGCGAUGUUCGCGCACGACAUGCUGGAGGCCAGCUGCGGCCAGGUGAGCAUCGACGACGUGGAGGGCCCGGUGCUGAGGCUCCUGGUGGCCUACACGUAUACCCUGCAGGCCCCCCAGCUGCCCGACACGGCCGUCCAGCUGCUCUCGGCGGCCGACAAGUACGGCUUGUCGGCCCUGAAGGCUGCCUGCGAGCGGCAGCUGAUCUCGCAGUUGGCCGUCGAGACCGCAGCGGCGACGGCCGUCACGGCAGUGAGGCACUCGUGCCCGGACGCCACCAGGGCUGCCGUCGCCUUCAUAAAGGACCACCUGCAGGUGAUGGCCACGCGGGGCUGGGCGGACGCUGUGCUCGAGUACCCGCAAGAAGUCAUUGAAGUCAGCAGUAUGCUCGGAGAGCCACCAGCAGAAGCCAGGUAA